UCUACAAUGCUGGAACCACCAACUAAAAUAACUGCACUUGUUGUGGAUGAUGACACUAUAAAUCAAAUGAUUCAUCAUAGACUUUUGGACAAUCUAGGCAUACGAAAUCAGGUGGUGAGGAAUGGCAAAGAAGCUAUUGAUGUCCAUUGUUCAGGAAAGAACUUUGACCUCAUUUUGAUGGACAUGGAAAUGCCUGUCAUGAAUGGCAUCGAGGCAACAAGGAAACUCCGUGCUAUGGGCAUCCGAAGCAUGAUUGCGGGUGUAUCGACAAACACAAGAGAAAGAGAAAAUUUUAUGGAAGCUGGACUAGAUGACUAUCAAGAGAAGCCCUUGACAACUAGUAAGCUCGUUUCAAUCCUCCAUAAAGUCCACAAAGAUGGUUGAAAUUAAUACAUGGAGAAGAAGGGAAAGGAAGAUGUCCACCCCCAUUAAUCAUUAUCACCUACCCCUAGAAAUUCUUUACUUCCUAUAUGUUAGUCUGAUUAGAGUAUGUAGCUCAGUCGUACAAGUAUAUGAGAAAUGUUAACCUUCUUAGGCUGUGUUUGGCACUCUUUUUGGGAAUGCAUUUCAUAGCUUUCU